CUAGCUGUUAUUAUGUUUGUCGGUAGGAGUUGUUGACGGCAUUCUCAUAUGAAUUAUGAGAGGCAUAGAAAACAAGCUUGCAGACGUUAAAAGUAGAUUGCUGUCAACGAGCUCCAACAUUGAAAAGGCUGCCGCAUUUUGUUCGGAGAAAUACUUGGUAUAAGUUAAAAUUUGUGAAAACUAAGUUAGGUGAAUCCUGGGGUUAAUACUCUUGAUGAAAGCCUGGAACUAGCUACGCAGUCUGUGUGUGCAGUUGCUCAUGAAGUCAAUCGCUUCGCCAAUCAGUUUCUUGAGGCACUUGAUUUCCAGCUGUAUCAGAUUGGCGAUGUUUCAGACAAAAUUUCUAAAUUAAAAAUGGUGUGCAAUAUAUAUCAAGAGAAAGUUGCUCGAAAGGCCGUAGGGUCAUGCACAGUUUCGAAGGUUCCUAUUGUAUAUCAACAUGAAACAGUUCUUCCUGAGCCUCCACAAAAGUACAUCAGACAACCAAUCAACUUCUCAAUUUUGGAUAAUAUUGGCCAUGGUAUACCUAAUCAGCCACUGCAGGAACGUAAAAAGAGGUUCUACUGCACCUUUUGAGGAUCCCAUUAUUAAUCAUUACGGACAACCUUACAUGCAAACUGCUACUUUAACCAGACGCAGUAGUGCUUCAGUUAGUGGUCAGCUCCCUGGUCGGCAACACAGUACAAUUUCUUGUCGUAUAGCCAAUCCCAAACCCUGUAUCGAGUAUGCAGCACCUGCAGGUACUAUGAGGUCACAAGCUGGAACAGUUGGACGAGCCCCAGUAAUUUGUCGUGGUGGCGUGAUGCCACCACAACAAUUUUUAAAUGCCAAUAUGGUGAUGCAGCAUAUGGGAGGUGUAACUAAUAGUUCUGUUGGCAGUAUGUCAUCUCCAAACUAUGCUACAGGAGUAGGUCCUAAUGUGAACAAUCGUGGUGCCAACCUUGAUCCCAUGUGUAACACCGCAGGUAAUGUUCGGUCACGCAAAUCCAGUGGAUCAUCUGGUGCAGGUUCUAAUGUUAUACAAUAUCAUCAUGGCCAGUAUGCUUCAAGUCAGCCUCUUAUUCAGUCAUCUAACUCUGAACAGUUAAUGCAUGGUUCUCAAGUCGCAUAUAAUAAACCUAAUAUGCAAUCCCAGUAUAUGGCUUCGCAAAUUGGUCAUCCCAUUAGCGGAACUGCAUCUCAGCCUACACAUGUUCAUGAUCAACAAAAUUCACUUUCUGGCAGAAACGAAUUAAGUGGCCAACUACACAUGCGACAAAACCAGCAACACAAGUGGGCUAAUGUGUCGCAAAUGGGGGAUUCUUCAGAAAUUCCUCAAUCACAACAAUUACAGAUGCAACAACAGGCUCAACAACAAAUCCAACUGCAGCAGUAUCAACAACAAAAUAUUCGAGAUUCAGUUAUUUAUCAAAAACAGUCAAGUGCUGAGAUGAACAAAAAUACUGAUAAGAUGAACAAACUGAAUAUUUCUGGUCCCUCAGUACCUAAUCAGCAGCCACAGCAGCAAAAUUUUAAUACUAAAACUAUGGACGAACCAUCCGAUGAACAUUUAACUAUACCACCACCUGGAGCAUUCUGCUACGAAAAUGAACAGGAAUCACAGUUUGGAAAGCAGCAAGAAACAGAUUUCACUGAUUCACUUACCAUUCAAAAUAGUAAACUAAUACAGAGAAAACCUACUGACCCAGCCUGGGCACCAGAUUUCUAUAUUGAACAAGUAAUCACAAUGUAUGAAUAUGUACGUGAUAAAGACGACGAACUGACAUUUACAGAGAAUCAAAUAAUAUACGUAAUUAAAAAGAAUGAUGACGGUUGGUGGGAAGGGGUUAUGAAUGGUAUAACUGGACUAUUUCCAGGAAAUUAUGUGGAACCUUUUGAAACAGAAUGA